UUUUUUUUCAUUUCAUUGUCUUUUCUUCUCUUAUGAGCUUUUCUCAGAUACUCAAGGCUAUUAAGAGAGAGCAGCAAGAUCAUGAAACCAGCGAUCCCAGUGCAAACUUGAGCUUGUCUAACCAUGUUGAAUCUGCUUCUCGUGAUAACCGAUCUAGUUCUCGGCAGGUUUUAAGCACUAUGGAAAAGCGUAAUUCAAGACGUGCUGCACCUGCCCAAACAGAUCCUUACCUAAAGCGAGAUGCAGCUUCUCAAUACUCAACAAGUAGCCUGAUCAGAAAAGUAGCCUGUACUGAUGACACCAUCAAAAGCAAAAACGAGUACACCGAGUUAAUAGCAGCUACAAAAUUGAAUUUGGUGGCUGCUAUAGUGGACUCUUUUACAGCAGAACAUCAGCUUAGCUCUUUUCAGGGUACUCUUAGAGCAAGAAAGCUUAGUUUGUCCGAAGAAAAGUCCCUCAUCAAAAAAUGUGACUCAUUAAAGCGCAAGAUUAAUGUUGCAGAUAGCGAGUAUAAAGUAUUGCGGCAGUUGAUCUUAGACCUUAAUCAUCACAAAGAACGCACCUAUGGAAAGAGAGAUUAAACCAAUGCAUACCCUCCUCCUUCUCGUUCUCUUUCUUUUUUUUUUCUGACACAAU